CCAAGCUGUCAUUGAAAAAUCAACACUCGAUGACCUUUGUGCGCGAAUUUUUGUUUGGUGUCGCAAUUUUAAAAAAGAUUGUUAUAAGUGAUUUUUCUGGGACUUCGUACAUGUUUUAAUCUAAUAACGAGCUGAUCUGAUCAGAUUCAACUUCCAACAUACGGAACGUCGGCAUCGCAGUCGCAAAAUGACCGCUAUUUCCAGUUUGCAAAACUUUGUUACCGAUGCGCUCGAGUGCACUCGGUUCCGGCUGAUUCGGGAUGAGGCCGAUUUCGAGGACGAGUCGGUCGUGUUCCACCCGGAGAUGGCUCACCAGAUUUUCGGGGAACAGGAAAGCAUCUUCGGGUACCGGGAUCUGCAGAUUGACGUGUGCUUUGCGGCCAGCUCUUUGGAUAUUUAUUUUAACAUAAAAUAUUCGAAGAAGGUUGAUGAUGUUUGCUCCGAAGGAGUCAAAGCCGACGACGUGGAAAAAGCUCUCGCUGAAAUUGUGGAAGAUGGCUGCUAUUACACCAAUCUGGAGGAAUACAAGAAAGUGGUGAAGGUUAAAACCGAUUCGUUCAAGCCGUUCGGAGAGAAGGUCGAUGAGUUCCAAAUCAGUGCCGGGACUUCGGACGGCGCCACCAGAACGUUCGAGGUUUACGUCAGUGACGUCAACGAUAAAGAAUUCCUGAAGUACCAUUCGAGACUGGAGUCUUUUUCCUUCUGGUUUAUCGAUGCUUUCAGCCGGGUCGAACACGAUCCCUUGUGGCUGUUCUUCAUGGUCUAUGAGAAAUACUCAAACAACAAUAAUGAGACUCGUUAUGCUACAGCAGCGUAUUUCACCGUUUAUCAGUAUUUCUCGUAUCCGCAAUUCAUCAGGCCUCGGGUCAGUCAGAUCCUGGUGCUGCCUCCAUUCCAGAAAUUGGGCAUUGCUUCCCACUUGAUCGAGGAUACGAUUUUCAAGUACUUUGUACCGAAGGAAAACGUCGCCGAUAUUACCUACGAACAACCGACCGACGUCGUCCAGCACAUCCGAUCGGUGGCAGAUGCCAAGCGCUGUAUGGUCCUGCCGUCGUUCGCCAAGGAACAGCUGCUGGCCGGGUUCUCAAAGAGCAUGCUCCGCGAUGCCAAGGAAAAGUUCAAGAUCAACCCCAAGCAGUGCCGGGUUAUUUACGAGAUUCUCCGGUUGGGCGUGACCGAUCUUAAGAACGAAGUCGAGUACCGAAAGUACAGGGUGGAGGUGAAGAAACGGUUGAAUUUGAACGAUAGCAAGAAUCGCCGGGAGCUGAUGCGGCUGCAGAAGAAGGGAGUUGAUGUGAGUGGAGCUUUCAGUAUUCUCCCGUCCCUGGAAGAUCGAAUGGAACAACUUCAUGCUGGUUACAAGGAAGUGGAACAAGUCUAUCAUCAGGUGUUGAAGAAAAUUCAAUCCAUUCGGGAGUAAGCACAGUGCAGUCAUGCACCCCACAUGCAUCUCUCUUCCUUCCGAGGAGUCUAUCACAUCUCACCUGUUUCGUAUAUUUUAAGGGUCUUUUGUUUUAAUUUUCAAAUUUGUAGCUCCUAACUCUAUGUUAUGCGUAAAUAAAACUCAACUGUACUGAUAA